GUGCAAUCAGGGACAGGAUCGGACGUCAGCAUGGGCAGAAUCAUCUUCUAUGAGGACAGGAACUUCCAGGGUCGCUCCUAUGAGACCAGCAGCGACUGCGCCGAGUUGACCUCUUUCCUGAGCCGCUGCAGCUCAUGCCGGGUGGAGAGCGGUUGCUUCAUGGUUUACGAGCGCUCGAAUUUUAUUGGCCACCAGAUGCUGGUCCGUAGAGGAGAGUACUCCGACAACCAGCGCCUGAUGGGAAUCAGCAUGAGUGAUUGCAUCCGUUCCUGCCGUAUGAUCCCCAUGCACCGAGGUCCAUUCAGGAUGAAGAUAUUUGAGAGAGAGAACUUUGGAGGUCAGGUGAACGAGCUGCUCGACGACUGCGAGAACAUCCAGGACAGCCUGCGCAUGUCUGAAUGCCAGUCCGCCCAAGUGACGGAGGGCCACUGGCUGCUGUUCGAGCAGCCCCACUUCAGGGGCAAAAUGCUCUACCUGAAGCCCGGGGAAUACCGGAGCAUUAGAGAAAUGGGGACGGGUUCAGUUGACAUGAGGAUUGCAUCCAUCAGACGCAUCAUCGAAUCUUGUUAAGAGGCCUCUACUUUAAAAAUGUAAUAAUUCAUAUCAAUAAAUGC